AUGCAGGAUAAUUCUGGCUUUUGGAGAAAGUUUUGGUACUUGAAACUUCCUCCUAAAGUUAAGAAUUUGCUUUGGAGGGCUCUUACCAAUUGUCUUCCAACUCUAGUCUCUCUUCAAACUAAGCGGGUUCAUGUUUACAGUAUUUGUUCUUUGUGUAAUUUUGAACCCAAAACCACUUUUCAUAUUAUGGUUGGUUGUUCUUUUACCAAAGCUUGUGUGGAGCGAGGUUUAGGUCUGUUUUUUAAUAAUGGGGAUGAGGAUUUUGGUGGCUGGUUUGAGGAUUUCUGGGCCCGCAAUGAUUUACUUUGGAAUGAUAAGGCUACUUCUGUGGAAAGAGUUGUUUCAUCUGCAACUACGUACCUUGAACUUUGGAAAUUUGCUCAAAAUAACAAUGGAGGAGCUUCAUCUUCUUCUGGUCAGCCUCGUGCUGAUGUUGAGCAUUGGAUUAAACAGUCUUUGGGAGAGUUGAAGGUUAAUUGUAAUGCUGCUCUUUUUUCUGGAGAAAGGAGUCAUGGGUUGGGAUGGAUUGCCAGAGAUCAUGCUGGGUUGUGCUUUGCUGCUGCUGCUGCUGUCAAACUCCGAGGUGAAAUUAACCCUAUUGUUGCUGAGGUGCUGUCCAUGAAGGAGGCUUUGAGUUGGGUUAAAUCCUGUUGGGGAGAAGGCAGGACUGUUGAGGACUUUUGUCUUACAGCGGUGAUUUUGGAGUCGGAUUGUCUUGUGUUGGUUAAUGCUAUCAAUAGCAAGAGCCACAUUCUUUCUCCUCUUGGUCUUAUUAUUUCGGAUUGUAUUAAUCUUAUACGGUCCUUUUCUAAUUUUCAUAUUUCAGUUCAGUUUGUUAAGCGAUCUGGGAACCAAGCGGCUAAUUGGUUAGCUCGUUCUUCUGGUUCAUGUCCUGAUCAUAUUUCCAGUAGGGGGUCUGUCCCUUCUGAUUUGGAAGCUAUUUUGUUAACUGAUUUGCUUUAA